UGACGCCAGAAGCAUCCGAGACACCGCCGCUCCUCGCGCAGCUGCAGCAGACUGCAGGUUCGAAACUACGCAGGGUGAUCGGGCGAUUUGACAGUGAUGGAAAAACGUAUAGUGGUUGGAUAAAUUUGUUUUGUGCACGUUUGAGCCAGUGACAGUGCGCGAUAGCUUUUCUCGCGGGUCUAGAGACCUCUGGAUUUAAACGACUGAUUGUGAGUCGCCUAAACUCUCUGGACGUAACACGAUUGUGAGGCCCCGACGGGAAGUGAAACUGGCCCCGAAUCACAACCGGCAUGGCUACAGUGUGCGUAAUCAAAGUGUGACAGUGUGCGGAUAGAGAGGAUAUUUAUUUUGCAUUGAGUGGUUUGCAAGGUGGUUAAAGGACGAAUGACCCUCGUAACGGUAACGCCAAGGGUCUAGGAGAUGAGGCCCCGUCAGGACACUCGCUGAGCACAGGAUAAAGGGUCUCUGCAGGAGCAAAGCUGCCGAGUUAACCUGGCCGCGACACGUACAAUGAUGCCACUCGCGCCGACGCCGAUAGUCGCGGUGCCCUCGAAGCCGAAGAUCGGUUUCAGCAUCGACUCGAUAGUCGGCGGGGGCCGCGAGGACCGGCUGAACAGGGUGGCGGAUCACCUCGAACGAGAUGGGAGUCCGAUGGAGGUCGAGGGGUCCUCGUCGCCGGGCCCAAUGCGCGGUCGCCAGGCCUCGCUGCAGUCCCCCGGGGGACACUCGGAGGGUUCGGACAGGCCGGGGUCCAGGAGUUCGUCGGUCGAAUCAUACCCCACGGCGAGGCACACGCCCGCGCACAACGGGCACCCUUUGGGCCUGACCCACCACCUCCAGGAGUUCAACCGCACCACGUCCCACAGCCACAGUGGCGGCUCGACACCGAACAACAGCCCCAGCCCCCCGCACCGGAUAUCCCGCGACUCCCCCGUCGGCGGGCACCCCCAGCCACCCCCCGGAGUCGUAAGGCCCAGUCCCAACUACCUCGCACCGCCCCCAAGCGCUGCCGCCGCCGCCGUCGCCGCCGCCGAGCAGCUCAAAACCCUCUACGGCCUCCCUGGACAUCCCCCGGGGGCCACGCAGCCCGGGCAAACCGAGUACCACUCCCAGCAACUCGCCCUCGCUGCCAACCUCGCCGCCGCCCAGCAUUUCCAGGCCGCAAACCUCGCCGUUGCCCUCCAGGCCCACCACGGCGCUUCACCCCACGGACCCCCACAUGGGCCUUAUCCGCACCCCGGGCCCCCUGGUGGGCCCCACCCGCCGCCGCAUCCCCAUCAGCCGCCUAGAGACAGCUACCCCCUUUAUCCCUGGCUACUAUCCAGGCACGGAAGGAUCUUCCCUCACAGGUUUCCCGGCGGUCCAGAUAUCCCCGGAUUCCUUCUACAACCGUUCAGAAAACCGAAAAGAAUCAGGACGGCGUUCAGUCCCAGUCAACUUCUGAAGCUCGAACACGCUUUUGAGAAAAAUCACUACGUCGUUGGGGCGGAGAGAAAACAAUUGGCGCAGGCUCUUUCGUUGACGGAAACACAGGUGAAGGUCUGGUUCCAGAACCGGCGGACGAAGCACAAGCGGAUGCAGCAGGAGGAGGAGGCCAAGGCGCAGCAGCAGUCCGGGGGCAACGGCAACAACGGAGCGAACAAGAACACCCAUCACGUCAGCAAGUGGCAGCAGGAGACGGGCGACUACCACCAGGACGAGGACGAGCACAUCGAUCCGGAAAACGACGAGUGCUCCAGCGGCUCCGAAGCGUAGCUAGACGUGCUGUGCCUGGACUAAAUCGAGGCCUCAGAGACCCACCGAGUCCUUAACUUUGGCUAAUGGACGCGUGCACGCGCUCGACUAAUUUUCCCGGAGAAAAACUGCGGGGCGGAGAUUCGACUGCGGUACGACGAGGACGAUUGUAUAAUGCUCAACGAGCGUGCUUCCUCCGGAUAUUGUCUUUUCGGUGGAGUGAAAUUCGAUGACCCGAGUCUAUCGAGGAAAGGGCUGUCAGAGUUUCUUACGAUCAGCCGAACGAGCUUCGUCGAUUAAGGGGAUGCGGUGUCGCAGAGCGCCAAAAACGAUUCCAAGUUUUCGCCUUUGGAUUUUCCACUUUUUUUUUCUGCUUACUUAGACCGAAGCGAUUAGUUUGAGGUUGCCUUCGCGAGUCGAGGAAAAACGCUCUUCUUACCUACCUAAACAAUUAUCUCUUGCCAUGUCGUAUUCACCAUAUUAUUACGAGAAAUCGAAUAAACUAUACGAUGCGUGACCUAAACUUGAAUAUGCAAAUCGAUCCCUUUUCGCGGUUGUAAAUAUAUAUUGAGAAGAUGAAGUUACGUUCUGCGCAAUUGAUCCGUGUGCGUGUGUCGUGUGACCGUUUAUCAUUAUACACUCGAUUAAAUUUUUAGUACCUAAAUAUAUACACCUAUAUGUAUAUAUAUAUAUAUUGAACUAAACGACUUAAAACAAAAGAGGAAGUAAUGAAAAAUAAGCGAUAAUAAGAAACUGUGAGUGCCAAACAUAAUAUUUUAACGAUAAACACAAACAAAUAGAAAAGAAACCCAGUGUGUACCGAUGUAUUUAUAAGUUAAGUUGUUACUAUUAUAUAUAUAUUAUAUAUAUAUAUUGUAUGUAUUAUAUAUAUAUAUAUAAUUGACAGUAUUCUUUAUUAUUCGAUGUCCGAGAUGUACUAAAUUAUAAAUUAUUAUUAUUAACUAUUGUUCACCCCGAGAAAUUGAUCGAAAAUUUCUGUGCAACGAUACAAAAAUAAGAAUCUCGCCUACUUCUGUACAACUCAGGCCUAAUUUAGAUCCUUUCCCAGCUUUUCUUCUCGUGUAAUAUUUCUGAGAGAUAAGUGGCAAAAAACGUGAAUGAAUAAAUGAUUG